UUAGCCUCUGUAAGAUAUUAUUGUACAUGUUAUUAUAUGUUAUUAUAUAUUUUAUAUAUAUAAUAUUGUACAGGUAAAACUUUAUUGUCUCUGACGCAGUAUUAGAUGUUAUAUUGUAUUCGAAAUUAAAAAAAUCUUUUCCGCGACCAAACAAGUUAUUUUCAGGAAAUAAAUAUCAUAUUGCACUAAUUGAAAGGUAUAAGUUUGCUCUGAAAAGUGCGUGCAAAGAUGCUGCAAAAAAAUGUGAGUUGAUCUGUCAGUCAAGUAUUCACCGUUAACGCUGUUAUUUGUGAAAGUUUUACGCUUGCAUAAAAGUGUAUUUUAUUUUCUGGGAACAUGACAAUAUGUUGGAAUUUAUCGGAGGGGAUAACAUUCUUCAAACGACGACGUCGUUAUAAUUAUAAGUCUGAUACCGGUAGUAAGGUAUCGACAAGAUGCCGCACCAAGUUACUAAUGAAUCAUUAAUUUCAAGUCGUACAGGGAUGACGAAGUCGACGCAAACACGCCUAUUCGUAGUGUCUUACGAAUGCUUGUCGCGUUUAUACUGCAUUGUUGUGUAUUAGUUAUUUUUACCGAUACAUAUACAAAUUGUAGUUAUACGCCGUUUUGCUAUGAAAGUUAAUAGUUAAUCAUAAGGUUUUUACACAAGAUCGUGCUGCAGAAAAAUACAUACUGAAAGCAUUAAGUUUAGAAAAAUAUUUUUACAAAAUAAUCUUUUUUAUAUUUAAAGAAUAUAACUGAUCAUUCUUAAAGAAAGAACACUUACGGUAAUGGAUCUGUUGCAAUGUCACGUACUAUUUACGAUAGAGAUUAUUUUUUUCAAUGAAUACAAGAAUCUAUUACUUUUAAUUAUAGCAAGUGUAGAAAUGCAGAUACUCUCUCUCAAUUUCUUAUUAUAUACCAUAAGCGGUUUGUGGCGACCAAUCGAAUGGUCCUCGAAAUACUCCAAGUUGUUAUACAGCGUGUACACUUUUUUCACGAUAUAUCUAUUGGCGUAUUUCAUGCUGGCUCACUUGCUGUAUAUCAUUUUUGUUAUCGAUAACGUGGAGGAUUUCGCGUCGGAUCCCCCAUUUUUCUUCUGCUCAAUCAUUAUAUUGUCCAAAGUGAUUACUGCUGUAAUCUAUCGCGGCGAGAUAAUCAAUUUAGUCGAAACUCUGCAAGAGAAACCGUGUAAAGCCUGUAACGAAGAUGAGACUGAUAUCCAGAUCAAAUUUGACCGUUCAAUCAGAUCGUAUACCAUAUAUUACAUACUCUUAUGUACGUUCUCGGCACUGGGUGGUGUGGCGGCAGGAGUGCUCGACGUUUUAGAGGGUCAGUUACCCUAUAACAUGUGGGUGCCUUGGGAUUGCACCUCGUUCCUUUCAUUCUGGUUUACGUCCCUUCAAAAUAUUCUAGCUGUAAUUCUUUGUACAAUUGUAAACGUCGCGACGGAAACCAUAUGGUUAGGAUUUUGCUUACAAACAUGCGCGCAAUUUGAAAUUCUCAAGUAUCGCCUUCAGAACAUGACAAAGCGUAGGGAGGAAGAAAUAUUUCCGAAAAGUUCGUUGAAUAAUGCGUCGCGUGAAACAGGCAUAUUGUCGGAGCACAUUUCUCAUCAUUUGUGCAUAAUCAGACUUGCCGAAAUGAUCAACGACGUGUAUCGCCAAGUGAUUUUCAUUCAAUUUUUCAUCAGUAUUUUGGUACUGUGUUCAGUUGUGUACUAUCUAUCUUCUCAUUUGACAUUUACAGACUUCGCCACCAUGAUCGUCUUCACAUUCUGCAUGUUUUUGCAGAUUUUUUUUUAUUGCUGGGCUGGAAAUGAAGUUAUGCUCAAGAGUACUGGAUUGAGCGAAGUGGUGUAUCAUAUGGACUGGAUGUUAAUGACAGUCAGCGAACAAAAGAAUCUACUGAUGAUUAUGAAACGUAGCGCAAAACCCGUUAAACUUACCAGCAGUUUUUUGGUGACAUUGUCUCUGGAAUCUUACGGCAAUCUUCUGAAGGCGUCUUUUUCCGCAUUUAACGUUCUGCAACAAUUUUGAAACUGUGCUCCAUUAUUCAUUCGCAAUACACUAUCUGUACG